AUGUUCUCAGCAGCCAUCCUACGUGCCCGCGUCGCUCCAGCUUCGACCAGGCGCCUCUUUUCUUCGACUGCGCGGAUAGCACAGGGGAUCAAGGAUCCAAAGCCCCCUCAGCCGCCAAAGUCCGUCGACGAUUCCACCUCGGCUUUGGACUACAAGCGAAUCCAGCGCGGUCGCCCUCCCCCUCUCCCUUCAACCGACCUUCCCCGUUCUCGCAGCGCAGAGGAGGCAGUCACAAAUAUUCUUUACAAUACCCCACCUCCUAGCUUGCAGCCUUUCAAAAAGCACAUCCUCAACUGCCUUGUGCAAAAUGAACCUGGAGUGCUGUCGCGCGUAUCUGGAAUCCUUGCAGGGAGAGGCUUCAAUAUCGACUCGUUGGUCGUCUGUCGGACCGAAAUUCGCGACUUGAGUCGCAUGUGCAUCGUCCUCAGCGGUCAAGACGGUGUCGUCGAGCAGGCACGGAGACAGCUGGAAGAUUUGGUUCCUGUCUGGGCUGUUUUGGAUUACACAGAAACGAGAGUUAUCUCUCGAGAGCUUCUUCUGGCGAAAGUGUCGAUCCUCGGGCCGGAGUAUGUCGAAGAUCAAUUGGCAGGAGGCCCAACUCACGAUCCUCGCUGGGUGGAGGAACCAGUAGACCCAAAAGUGGAGCGCGAGACCACCCUUGUGCACAACUUCGAGCGCAGCAUCCAUCCUGAAGCCGUAACGCCUGUUAUUACCCCCUCGCAAGCUCUCCGUUUGAAGCACCAGCACCUACACUCCAUCUCUGUUCUCGCAAAUCAGUUCGGUGCCAAAAUUGUGGAUGUCAGCGAGCAUAGUGUAAUUGUCGAACUCACGGCGAAGACCUCCCGUGUAGAGGCUUUCCUGAAUCUCUUGAAACCAUUCGGUAUUCUGGAGGCCGCUCGAACAGGACUUAUGGCAAUGCCAAGGACGCCUAUCAAGGCAGAAGACGAAGAACACUUGCCAGUUGACGAAGGUGGUCCUGUUGAUGCUAGUUUGCUUCCCCCUGGUUAA